AUGCUUCCAUCGGAAGCGACCAUCGGAGAUCUGAUGAUGUUAACUAGGAACAUUAAGCACGACGUCAUCGAACUGAUCAAGAUGAAAGGACGCCACCCUCUCAAUGCCGUAUAUGAAACAGGAGAAGUGUUCUUAGGAACAUGCGACAGCAGAGAAGUUGGCGGAAUUGGCGUCCCCGUCAACGCGAGUAUAAUAAAGAACGUCGACACCUUCGAACAACUUACGACACGAACUGAACGUCCGCGGAUGAGAAGAUGUGAUCCAACGCAAACUUUGACAAUCUUCUUCGCUUACGCUUCAACAUCAAGCUACGAAGAAGAAGAAGUAUUAGUAGAGGCUCUCUACAUGGACCUAAGGAAACUCUACAGAGAAGACCAUACCUUCUACAAGAUCAUUGUUGGUGAUUUCAACGCCGAAAUUGACCGUAGAAGAACGUCUGAGAAACGUUACAUUGUCACACAUGACCUUCGAUGGAAUUAA